AUAUCAGCGACGCGAUCGGCAAUAGCAAUGCCAUAUCGAGGCCCGGAACAGUAUUUGGUCAAAAUGAUGCCGGCCGAUGAUUCUGAUUAUUUAACACUGGACAUUGGGCGCUACAAGAAAUGGACAAGGCUGGAGCCAAGCGUACGCUUUGCCGGCAUCAACAAUCCACUUUUAUAUUGA